UGUGAUGAUUUUUUUAUGGUUUCAGAAAAAAUGUUGAGUUUACGAAAUAUAAAAAUGAUGCCCAUACACAAUCAUCCGCUUGGAGACAAAGCAAACCUUCAUACAAGUUUUGUGCUGGAGCGAAGGAUGGGUAAAAGACAGAGAACCGUCCCUCUGUGGAAACAGGAAAAUUUUGCGAAAGGGCCGUGGUGGAAGAAACCGGAUAUAAUUAUGACGGCACCUAUCGCUAAAACUUUUCACCCAACUAAUCAGUUUAAAGAUUUAGAAAAUAAAUUUCUUGAAGAAGUGGCGAGUGCUGCUAAACCAGAUCUUCCAGUAGAUAUUGAUGAUCCGUAUAAAAAGGAACCUAAGAUGUGUAUCCUGUGUCCUCGAAGGUAUGAGGAGAAACUGGUUCCUAAUUAUAAAAACCCUAAACUCUUAUCCCAGUUUAUAUCCCCGCAUACUGGCAGGGUAUAUCAGUCACAUAUUACAGGGCUUUGUGCUUAUAUGCAGAGGUUGGUGGAAAUUGAAGUUAGGCGCUCUCAGGACGCAGGGUUUCUAUCUACUCGUGUACGGAAUCCUUUAUAUCUGCAGGACCCCUCACUCUUCAACCCUAGUCGUCCUAUUCGACCUAAUUCAUACUAAAAUAUAAUAUUUUAUAAUUUAUAGUUUUCAGA